AUGGCCGGUCGUCGGAGAAGGAACAGGGAGGGGAGCUGCGCCAGUGUGGAGGGUCUCAUGGAGAAGGGGUUUGCCAGGGAUGAGGGCUUCACCGAGGAUGGGUUUAUCGAGAGAAGAGAGGUUGGGGAGAGAGGAGCCAUUGCCGACCCAAGGGGCAGUGUCAGGGGAGCCACGCUAGAGGCCGCCUCUUGUACUAUGCCGGUCCCACCGGCCACCACACCAACUUCCUCUUCACCUUCCCUCGCCUCAGCCAGCUUUAACUUUAGAAGUGAAGUGGACGAAGCAGCAGCAGCAGCAGCAGCUUUGCAGAGAGUGACCACGAAGAAGAGGAUCGGAGAGAGGUUGAAGAAGGCAGGGAUCCAUGGGAAACAUCCUCAGGUACCUGAAGCGCUCAGAAAUAAUGUUACAUCGUCCAAGAAAGCCCAGGUUAAAUGGUACCGGAAUAUUUUGGAGGCAUAUAAGAACUCCAGUCCCCCACCAAAAACACCAGCUGAGGCCGCCCGACUAGUUGCAGCAGCUCUAAGCAGGAUUCAGAGAGCUGAUUUGGAGGGUAUUCUUGCAUUUUACAACCUCCCGAUCCCAUCAUUCUCUUCAGCAUCAACAUCCUCGGACCACCAACCAUCCUCACUACCAGAGGGCAUACAGUUUGUGCUGAACACUUUGCCGGUUCACAACAAGUGCAUUGGAGAUGGCGACGGAUUUACUGCCUAUGUUGACACAACAGACCCGAGGGAGUCUGCGAAUGUGCCACUAGAAGUCCAUGAGAUGGUGAUUGAAAGGACUCAAGCACGCAUUGAUAGGGAUUACCAAACGGCCGAUGCACUUCUUAGGAGCCUCAACGAAGCAGGAUAUAAGAUAAUAACCAUUUUAGGAGAAGAGAUACUUGCAAAGAAAUACAGAAUCAGAAUGAGGGGCAUCGAUGCACCAGAGCUUAAAAUGGCUAAUGGGAAGGAAUCGAGGAAUGCAUUGGUGAAGCUAAUUGGAGGGAAAAGGGUCACAAUUUACGUGUAUGGACAGGACCAGUUUGGGCGUUAUGUGGGUGACAUAUAUUGUGAUAAUGUGUUCAUCCAGGAGCAAAUGCUAAAGAGUGGUCAUGUAUGGCAUUUCAAGACUUACGAUAAGCGCCCAGAGUUUUGCAUGUGGGAGACAGAGGCAAGAGCUGCACAUCGAGGGCUUUUUGCAUCAGAGAACCCUGAGAAGCCAUGGGACUGGAGAAAAGACCAGCGCAAUGCGAACAUUCCAGUCUACUGA